AUGGCUUUCUCCUUUGGAGCAUCCGCAGCUCCGGCUGCUGCCUCGAGCGGCGCAUCUACCUUCUCUUUUGGUGCAACACCGGCACAGCAACAGCAAAACAAGCCCGCAACGGCUGGAUUCUCCUUUGGCACAUCAGCAUCGUCACAACCGACAACGCAGGCUGCUGCUCCUGCUUCUACCGGUGGAGGCCUGUUUGGAGGCUUUGGUAAUUCGCAGCCUGCUGCUGCUGCUGCGGCUUCCUCCUCCUCUCUGAUGGCAUCUUCUGCGCAAGCACCAGCGGCGCCGUCUACAGGCGGUCUCUUUUCAUUUGGCGCCAAGUCUGCUACGUCUCAACCGCAGCAGCAACAGACUUCUGGCGCAUCGACAGGCUUUGGAUCCGCCACCGGCGGCGGUCUGUUCGGAAGCAGCAAUACAAACAUACAGACAAGCUCGACCGGUUCUGGCUUUUCCUUCGGCGCACCGUCCAACACCCAACAACAGCAGCCGCAGCAACAAUCCAGCACGUCACUUUUCGGAGCGCCCGCUUCGUCCUUUGCCAUCUCAAGCGCACAACAACCCGUCGCCCAAACGCAGUUCUCAUCGCAGCAGCAACCGCAACAACAGCAGCAACUCACUUCGGCACAGCCAGACAAGAAACUCGGCAUCUCGCUCUCAUCUAAACUUGAGCAAAUCCGUGCAGCGUGGGAUACCAACAAUGCAGCCGGCUGUCGAUUCGCCUACUACUUCUACAACAACGCUGGCAACGCAGCCAAUCUCAAGCUCAUCCAAGGUCGACGACCAGACGCUGUCGGACCGAUGCACGACCAGCUUUGGGCUGCGGCGAUUCGCGAGAACCCGGAUCCAAAUCGACUCUACCCCGUACUUGCACUGGGGUUCAGCGACCUUAAAAAGAGGAUCGAGUCACAAGCACGCGAGGCGCAGAGACAGAGAGCGCUGCUCGCCAACUUGGCGACCAGAUUGGCGGCGUUGGAGCAGAAGCAUUCCUUGUCUAACUCGGUGCGUGCUCAAGCGGCGCAGAGUCGACAGGCGCAACUGCAUCAUCGGCUGGUAGGCUUGGUGGCCAAGAUGCAACUCUUGAUCCCGGCGUUGAGGGGCAAGAGUAUUGGACCGGAGGAGGAGACGUUGAUCGCGAUCUUGGAGGCGUGCGAAGCCGAGAUCACCGGAUCCAACUUGGCGCUUGCUUCGCGUUCACUGCCGUCGAUCAAGGCUUCCUCUGGUGCAAGCGGGCAACCGGGCACAGGAGCGGCAAGCCUACAUGCAGCACACCAUCCUGCCAACCAUGCACGCCUGCGCGCGCGCAUCAACGAACUCUGGGCUCAGCUCGGCGUCAUACGCGCAAAGCGAGAGAUGCUCGCACGCGAAGGGAGGAGCGCCACCACCGAGUGGGCCGUCGUCGACCAAAAUGGCCUCGAAAACGUCACGCGCAUCCUCGCACAGCAGCAACAUGGUCUCAACCAUCUCAGCACAACUCUGGAACAAGAUUCAAAGACCAUGGACACUAUCACCCGAGGGCUGGCGGGUGUCAAGCUUGUCGGUGUUUCGAGGUGA